AUGAAUAACUACGCGUCGGGAGAGGAGGCGUCAGCAUCCCAGCCUUCCUUCUCGCCAUCGUACCUCCUCACGGAUGCGAUGCCAGUGCGCAGCCGCUUCAUGAAUCCCCUUGACUUCCUUAGCUCGUCGGAACCGCUGAUGCUCACACCAGAGGAAAAGGCGGCAGAGAAGGCGGAGAAGGCGCGACUAGCGGCGCUGCAAGAGGAUGCAAGGGCGUUGGCAGCGCUGUUCGCACGAGAGUUGGCUAAGAGAAAAGCGAAAGUGAUUACUGCCGGAGUCAUAAAAGCCCGUCGACCUGCGGGAGCAGCGGCCGUCCAGGCCUCAUCGAAGCCCGGGCGUCGUGGAGGACAGCAGGAGCCCCCACUCUCCCUCCCCACACACUCGAUCAAGCUCGCACCGGUGGCGCCAAAACCCCCACGAAGUCGCCACAAGGCCUCUGUGAAGGCCAAAAACACGCGAAUGAAGCCGCUCAAGCGAGGGCGGAAGCUGAAAACCCCACGCCGACUACGGGCGUUGGCCGCACAGAGGACUUCUCUCAUUUCCAGGAGACGUGGUAGCCAGUCGAAGAUGCCCACCGUGGCCUCCGUGCCGAUCCGCAAGGCUCAUCCGCCACUGCAGCGACGCCCCGGCCGUUCGGCCUUGCGACCCGCUGCUGCAUCACGGAUACGCGCUGCAGCAGCGGGUCGCAAGGUCGGACGACGCGCCGCACAGGCCCCCAAGUCUAUGGUCAUGCGGCCUUUGUCCAAGUCCACCGUGAAAGCGUGGCGACUCGCACAGCAGAAAAAGCGUGUCACAGGGAAGACACGCCAUGACAAGCCCAAGAAGGUGUAG